AUGCUCCUGACGAACCUGAACAUCCAUCGGCUGCUCGUCACCAGCGUCAUGGUCGCCACCAAGUUCUUUGAUGACGCAUAUUUCAACAACGCGUAUUACGCCAAGGUCGGCGGCGUCACGACGGGCGAAAUGAACCGGCUGGAGCUGGAGUUUCUCUUUCGCAUCGACUUUCGCCUUAACAUCACGUCGGACGAUUUCGCGAGCUACUGCAAGCUUCUGGAAGGCGAGCUAUGGCGGAUGCAGUACCCUAUGGACGAUUUUCUCCCGUCGCUCCCCGCGUUCGAAGCAGCCGAGUCAGAUUCCGAGGAAUCUGCAACAUCUGACGUCAUAGAUCCGGCGGCUGAGCUUCUAGGGUCGGAAGGUUCGGCGUCCGAACCUGCAGAUUCGGACUCGGAAGGAUCUGUGUCUGAUGUUGCCGAGGCUUCGGAUUCUGACCUCACAGCGUCGUCCGACGUGGCGGAUAAGAAUGUCUGUUGUAAGCGGCAAAAGCAUUGCGUGGAUGGAGAGUCGCCGGAGGAGCAUUCAGAUGUGCAAACGGCGCAUAGAACUCGGUGCUGUACGGUUUUGGAGUGA